AUGAAUAUAAACACUAGAAAAGGCCCCAUUUUUGAUCCUGGUGUAUGUAGGUGUUGUGGUGAAAUAAAAAAAUGCCGUUUAUUAAACGUAGAAUAUGAAUGGCGAGGCCAAAAAGAAAUUUAUUCCGAUAUGUUUGUUGAUUGUUUUGGUUUACUGUUAUCUCACUUGGAUGGUGAAGACAUAGAGUGUCUUAUCUGUGCAACAUGUGUGUCCCGUCUUAGAGAAGCUAGUUCUUUCCGCCAACAGGUAUUACAAUGCGAGGAAAAACUGCUAAGAACUAAAAUACAUGAUGAAGACAAUUCCAAUACAAAUGUGAAAGAAGAAUCUAGAGUAAAGGAAGAGUUAGAUUCAAUACAAAAUGAUUAUCACGAUGAUGUUACUUUGGAAUACCUUGAUAAUGAUGAUUAUGUAAAAGAUGAAGCUAUAGUUAAACCGAAGAGAAAAUCGCUGAGGCAAAAACUGAAGGCAGCGAAAAAAGGAAAAACAGUAAAAAGGGAUGACAUACUCACAAAGCAAAUGUUGUAUGAUGCCCAGAGGUUGAAGAAGAAACUGAAGAAAAUGCAAGAUAUUGAGAGCACCAAAACGCCGCGAAAAAAAUUCAAAAAUAAGACUGGUGUGAGAAAAUAUGGCGUCAAAAGUAAUUACACUCCCGAAGCCUUAACGGAAGCGUUAACUAAAAUAAGAUCCGGUGUUAUGUCGCGAAUGGAAGCGUCACAACACUAUAAAAUACCAGCUGUCACAUUAUUUUACAAAUUAAAGGACAAACAUAACAAAAAUGUGGGUAGACCAGUGACUUUCACAGACAAUGAAGAGAAAUAUUUCGAAAAUCACUUACUGAUGCUUAGUGAAAUGGGCGUGACAAUGAAUAUGUUAGAUUUUCGUCUCAUAGUCAAAAGAUAUUUAGAUAGUAAUAAUAAAAGGAUUGCCACAUUCAAAAAUAAUUUACCCGGAUAUGAUUGGGGGGCAUUGUUUUUAGAGCGCCACCCCGCCCUUAAAAAUGUAAUAGGUAAAAGUUCGCAAACAAAGCAAGCGCAAAUCGAUAAACAUAAAAUCAAUAAGUUUUUUGAUAAUAUAUCGAUGGAGAUAGAUGGCGUGUCACCAAAUAAUAUUUAUAGUGUAGAUGAGUUGGGUUUUAACGAUAAUCCCAAUAAACACAAAGUGGUUUUCCGCAGGGAGUCCAGAUACCCGGGCUACAUAAAAAAUGGUCUAAAAUCGUGUUAUACUGUUGCAUUCUGUGGUAAUGCCGCAGGGAAAAUCUUGCCGCCAUAUUUUAUUUUCAAAGAAACACAACAAUAUCCCGAUUCCAUUUUCCAAGUUGAGUCAGGUUUUCGUGCGGCUGUUUCAAAUACUGGCUGGUUUAAUAAAACUGUCUUCGAAGAUUGGCUGGAAUUCAUUUUUCUUCCCUUUGCCAAUAAACGGGAUGGGAAAAAAAUAUUAUUCUGUGACAACUUAAGUGCUCACAUAUCUCCAAGGUGUAUGCAUCUAUGUGUUGAUAAUAAUAUUAAGUUUGUCUGUUUGAUACCUAAUUCUACGUAUUUACUACAGCCAUUAGACGGAGCUUUUUUUAAAGCCCUCAAAUCGACUUGGAAAAAAGUUUUAGGACAAUAUCGUAAAACAAGCAAUGUCCAAAUGGUACCGUUGUCUAAAAUAUUGUUUAUUCGCUUAUUAAAAAUAACAUUAAAAAAUGAGGAAAUUCUGUCUGAUCAUCUCAAAACAGGAUUCCGAAGUUGUGGCCUAUAUCCAUUUUCUCCUCGGACGGUCCUAAAUAAACUCCCAAACGCUUCUGAGGCAGAUAUGUCCGAUUCAGAUCAUGAAAUUUCCGCAACUUAUUUAGAAAUCAAUCAGCCUGAUAUAACUUCGUUAAUCAAAGAUGGAGAAUUCGAAAUGGAGAUAUUAGAUAACGUGGCAGAAGAUGAUAUAGAACUAAAGUUCGAAAAAAGAGAUGAACUAGAAGGAAAUAUAGAUUACUUAAAAAUUCAGCCGAGAAAACGUGGUAGACCAAGAAAAAAUGCUACAAAAGGAGCUGUAGACAAAAAUGAUUAUACAAGUUUUAAACAUUAUUCGACUGAUGAAAUGUUGUAUGAUAGUGAUGACAAUGCAAAGAAAAAAAUCAGACAUGAGAAUUUAAGGGAUGCUAAAAGAGAUAUAUUUGAGAGAGAAGAAGAAAAUGCUAAAGAAAAUAAACUUGAACCAGUAUCGCUGAGAAAAUUAAAGGAAGAAGUAGAAGCGAAGCUGCAUAUGACAGAUGUAUCAGACCUAUCGAGACGUUCUCCGGAUAAUGAAUAUACGGAUAUAGAAGUACUCGAUUGGGACCUCUUAGCC